AUGGAGCUCGCGUCUCUCAGAACCAGCAGCCUCGCAAUCUUCACACAACUGAUCUUCGCCAGUCACGAUCACCACCAAGAAAUAUGUCUGCCGAGUCUACGCUCCCUCUACGUCCGCACCUCCCACCGCGGGACUCACAUCCUCUGCCAACAACUAUAUCUCCCCAACAGCAAUCCCUCCUCCUCCUCAGCCGCGCGAGCUUCAGCUCCGGCAAUGAGCGCCAGACCCCAGCGCGAAGCAGCAACGAAAGCCAGGAAGCGCGUCGAAGAGGCCUACACUCUCUAUCCCUCCGAACAGGGCCAGGACUCAGACAGCGACGCCACUCCCACAAGACCGAGCGCGCCCCGGCCCACUCCUGUCCAAUCGGACGAUUCGAGCGACAGCGACAGCGACGUGUUCGUUGAUGACUCGGAGAGAGAGGGGGAGAGCAAGGCUGGGAGGUUGUUGGAGAUGGAUGAUGGGAAAGCGAAUGAGGAUGUCACGGGGUCCAUGGUCACAUGUGGGAAUAUGAUGGAGGAUAUCUUGGUGAGGAAGGCGGGUCCGGCUCCGAGGGUAUCUUCGCCGAGGCCAAGGGAGAAGACCCAGGCUUUUGGCCAGCACCCCGUUAUGCGUCGAGCUGGACUCAGUGACAUGGGCCCUGUGACUGGCAGCCACACGUGCGGUUGGCGGGAUGAGGUUUGGAACAGGGCCGCUGAGGGAUUCGCUGUCGAGAGCAGGAAAGGUGGAGCAAGAGGACCUGGUGAUGGCAGUGGAUAUCGAGCAUCAAGGUUCUGUGAGCAUUUGUGA